CUAAGAAAAUGUCAGUCAUUCAAACGCUGCAAGACUAAAAAGUGGUAUUGUGGUUGAUUCGUUUUUUGGAAAUCACGUCCGCAACACCGCAACACUUUCAUUUAUUUCAAUUUAGUUAGCUUUAAUUGAUUGUUGUAUUUACUGAUCGAAAUGUUUGCCAGAUAUUCAACUAGCAUUGCACGCUCUGCAAAGUUAUGCCGGUUCCAAAGUACACUGGUACUAGCCGAACAUAAUAACGAGGCUUUAAAUCCAAUAACAUCUAACGCUGUAACAGCGGCUAAGAAGUUGGGCGGUGAAGUUACGGUCCUAGUAGCUGGUACGAAAGUGGGAAGCAUUGCAGAAGCUGCUGCCAAAUUAGAUGGAGUUAGUAAAGUCUUGGUUGCUGAAGGAGAUGCCUUUAAAGGUCUACUGGCGGAGUCGGUAACGCCAUUGGUGUUGGCCACUCAAGAAAAGUUAAAAUUCACGCACAUUGUCGCGGGGGCUUCCGCUUUCGGUAAAGCGGUUUUGCCACGGAUCGCCGCUAAACUGGAUGUAUCUCCAAUUUCGGAAAUUAUCGAAGUUAAAUCAGCGGAUACGUUUGUUAGGACAAUCUAUGCUGGUAACGCAAUUCAAACUAUUAAAUCUAAAGAUGCUGUAAAAGUUAUCACUGUUCGAGGCACAAACUUUGAAGCAGCUGGUUCCACAGGAAGUGGCACAGUAGAAAAAGUAGCCGAGAGUGAUUUUAAAAAUAGUUUGACCGAAUUCGUGAGCCAAGAACUAACUAAAUCAGACCGCCCUUCAUUGACUGCAGCUAAAAUUGUGAUCUCUGGCGGACGCGGCAUGAAAUCCGGUGAUAACUUUAAAAUGCUCUAUGAUCUGGCUGACAAAUGGGGCGCUGCUGUAGGAGCUUCCCGUGCUGCCGUCGACGCUGGCUUUGUUCCAAACGAUUUACAAAUUGGACAAACGGGAAAAAUAGUUGCGCCCGAGUUGUAUAUCGCAGUCGGUAUUUCUGGUGCUAUUCAACAUUUAGCGGGUAUGAAGGACUCGAAAACUAUUGUAGCAAUCAACAAGGAUCCAGAGGCUCCAAUUUUCCAAGUGGCAGAUUAUGGCUUAGUAGCUGAUUUAUUCAAGGCAGUACCAGAGAUUAAUGAAAAAUGUUAAUCACUAUUGCACAAUACAGUUGUUACUAACACUGACUCUACUAGCAAUGGGCAAUUCGGAACAUGCAAUUGAAUGGAAAAAAUCGUCAGAAAUAAAAAUAUUUUUUAAAACGAAUGCAUUUCCUUAGAUUAUUUUUGAAAUAAAAUGAAAUUUUGUAGCGCUAAAGACUUCUCGUUACCUAAA